AUGGCGCAAGAGUUCAAGGUCAGAGGACUUUCUUCCUUGAACUUGAAGAAUGGAGACAAGCAGGAGGUAGAAUUAGAGGGUGUCGAAGGUGGAAAGGCCUUGAUUCUCAAGAUCCAGGAUAAGAUCCACGCCACUUCCGCCAACUGCACACAUUACGGCGCACCUCUGGCCAAAGGUGUUCUUACACCGGAAGGACGCUUGACGUGCCCAUGGCACGGCGCUUGUUUCAAGGUCUCCACAGGAGAUGUGGAGGACGCACCCGCGCUUGAUCCGCUCGCCACGUAUGAAGUGUUCGAGAAGGACGGCGCGGUCUACGUCAAGGCCGAUGAGAACAUCAUCAAAGCGAACAGGAGGUUCCUCAACCUCAAAUGCUCGGCAUUGAACGACCAAAAGGUGUUGGUCAUUGGAGGUGGCUCCGGAACCCUCGGCGCCAUCGAAGGCCUUCGUGGAGGAGGGUACAAAGGCGCCAUUACCGUACUAUCAAAGGAGGGCUACCGUCCAAUCGAUCGUACCAAGUUGUCAAAAGCAUUGCUCGCAGACCUGUCCAAAGCCGCUUGGAGACAGCCGGAUUUCUACAAAGACGCCUCGAUCGACAUCGUGGAGGAUGAGGUAAGCAGUGUAGACUUCUCCGCCAAGAAGGUGUCUACCAACUCUGGGAAAACGUACGAUUAUACGAAGUUGGUGCUGGCAACUGGAGGAACGCCACGGUGGUUACCAUUGGAAGGCCUGAAAGGAGACCUGGGUAACGUGUUUAUCCUCCGAGCGUUGCCUGAUGCUCAAAACAUCGUCAAGGCAGUUGGCGAUAACGGUAAGAAGAUUGUUGUCGUCGGUAGUUCCUUUAUCGGUAUGGAAGUCGGCAAUUGUUUGGCCAGCAUGAAGAAUGACGUUACAAUUGUGGGCAUGGAAGAAGCUCCCAUGGAGCGCGUGAUGGGCAAGAAGGUCGGCGAGAUCUUCCGAGGCCUCCUCGAGAAGAACGGCGUCAGAUUCAAAAUGGGAGCUAGUGUCGACAAAGCUACGCCUUCGAAGGACGAUUCAUCAAGAGUAGGGGCCGUCCAGCUCAAAGAUGGUACCACGCUCGAAGCCGAUAUUGUCAUCGAAGGAGUGGGCGUCGCCCCUGCCACAGAGUACUUGAAGAACAACUCGGCAGUGCAGCUGGAGAAGGACGGUUCUAUCUCCACUAAUGAGGCGUUUGAGGUCAAGGGUUUGAAGGACGUCUUCGCCAUAGGUGAUAUCGCGACCUACCCUUACCACGGACCUGGCGGUAAUGGUACUCCAGUUCGCAUUGAGCAUUGGAACGUUGCACAGAACGCUGGCCGAUCCGUGGCGAAUACCAUCAACAAUCCAGACUCAAAACCAAAGCCAUUCAUCCCCGUAUUCUGGUCAGCUCUCGGUUCCCAACUACGCUAUUGCGGAAAUACCGUGGGAGGCUAUGACGACGUAGUCAUCUCAGGAGACACAAAGGCACCGGCGUUUGUGGCUUACUAUACUAAAGGCGAAGAAGUGAUUGCUGUCUCUUCGAUGGGCAAAGAUCCAUACAUGACCCAAGCUGCAGAGCUGAUGCGAAGAGGCAAGAUGCCUACAAAGGCCGAGCUUCAGAAGGGCGUCGAUAUCCUUGAGAUCGGUAUCCCCUCCGAGAUCAAGAUGUAG